UUUUCCACUACUUCUUGUUCAUCAUCUGAAGAAAGAGUGAGAGUGGAUUAUAGUAAUAGGGCUUCGUAAAUACCGCCACCCCGUCUUGCAGCGAAGCAGUCACUACCGCGAUGAAGUCACGCACGGCGGUUACAUUGUGCGCCCUCUUGGUGGGGUUAUAUGCCGCGUUUGCGAAUGGCCAGUUUGGCGGGAUUGGUGGAGCACAAUUGCAGCAUUUUCCGGGCCACAUAGACAAUCAGCAACUAUCGCCGCAGCAGCAAGGUCAAAUUUUAAGCGAUAUCCAGCAACAUCAGCACCGAUUCAAUCUUCAUCAAACCAGUCCUCCUCGAGUUUUGCCUCAACAAUUUAGCAGACACCAACAGAUUUUAGCAGACAGCGGAUUAUUCGGACCAGCCGUAUCUCAACAACAAACGUUUCAGCAAGCUGGCAAUAGUCAACAAAAUAUUCCCAGGGCACAAGCUCAAAUAUCCUCUAUCCCGACAACCACUAGCAAUCAAAAUUUUAUUCAGCAGGACUUGACGCAUUUGAGACCGGCCCUGCAGCAGAAUUCCGUAGUAUUUCCUGAUAAUUCCAGGAUCGUUCAGCACCAUACGCAAACCAGCUUCACACCGGGGUUCGCGCAACCUCAGGUCAACCCUCUGCCACCAACCCGACCAACUUCGGAUCCAGUCGAAGCGAUAGAACGUCAAAUCAAGCAGUUAGAUCCAGAAACAAAUAAAGACAGAAUAAAGGAACUAAGGGACAAGCAGCAGAUCAUUAAGAAACAUAAUGAAUUUGUGGAAAGGCAAUACGAAAAAGCACUAAAUCGAGCCAAGGCCGAUCACGAAGAAUUUGUACAAGAGCAGAAAGAACAAAGGAAAAAGUUGUACCAGAAAUGGUACAAACCGCCUGGCGAAAGGCUGCAUUAUACCCAAUCCGUUCCAAGAUAUAUUUACCCUGAAGAAGCCCCCUUGUUUGAGCAAGCAUUAAAACAGUAUUAUUUAGAACAUCCAACGACAACUACCACCACGACUACAACUACAACUACAACACCGAAGCCUAGAAGAAGUACCAAAAGCAGUACCAAAAAAAAUGCACAGCCGUCAUUUUUACCGACUGUCACUCCAUCCAGAAGUUCCAAAGUUCAGUCGAUUCAGUCCCUUGAUGAUCUCGAUGUACUUCGAAAGCAAUACAAGUCGCAACAAAUCAACAGAGAUGACCUUCUAGCUCAAUUAAGAGCAGCAAUCAGCGCUACCAGCGACGAAGACAAUAAGAAUAUAUCUUCGAGAGAAAUAGCACUCGCAAAUGGCAAAAAAGUUCAACUCAUUAAAACAAAUGACCCUAACCUGAUCGCUAAUGGUAAGGAGGAAGAAAUUACCUUGCCAAAUGGAGACAAGGUUAUAGCGAUUAGAGCAGAUAAGAGCUUAUUUUCUAAGUCUUCACAGAGUGGGGCGAAAGCCGACGAAGUAAUAUUGCCCAAUGGUCAGAAAUUAAAAGUUCUUAAUACCCAGAAUCCCAAUUCAUCGAGUGAGGAGAUUACUUCAGCUAACAACCAAAACGAGGAAUCUAUUAAGACCAGUUCCAGUUCAGCAGUACCCUCCUUUAAAGCGCAGGAAAUAACUUUACCUAACGGUGAAAAAGUUGAACUCAUAAAAACAUCUGAUCCAAAAUUGGUACCUGGGGGAGUACCUAUAGAGCCAGGCAGUGAUUUGGAGAAACUAGUACUCAGUAAAACCUCCCCUACAACAGUGAAACCUCCCAAGGUCGUUCUUGAAGAGCUAACGAAAAAUGUGGUACCCCCAGGAUCGGACUUUGAACUUUUGAAAACAGGAGCUAGCGGCAGUCUAGAAAAAAUUACUGCUACUAACAAUUUGCCAAAUCAAAAGAAAGUGACCUUCGUUUUGCUCGAAGAACAAAGCGACGGUACAUUAAAAGUUCAAGGCAUUAAAGGCAACGAUAAAGAAAAACCCGAUGUGGACGUAGACUCUAUCUUGCGAAAAAUUAAAGCAGGUGAGUUAAAGUUGCCGACUCCAAGCUCCAUAACGACGACAACCAGGCCCAGUACGGUCAGUCGCAAACCCAUUGGUGUGACAGUAACUCCCAAUUCGAUCGCUUUGCACGAAGAUUUUAGUACCGGCGGUACUAGUACGCCAACGUUCCUGACAUCUGAGGAAGCUGAAAGUAUUCCAGUUUUGAAAACGAAUAUCGGUACACAAUUCGUGUCGUCGCCGUUAGUCGGAGAGACUUAUUCUACCACACGCAGUACUACGCCAGCAUCGACUUCAUCGACGUUCCAAGGAAGUUACACCAAAGUUACCAGACCCUCAUCCGCUUCAACCAAAUAUACCCAAGACCAAACGAAAUUGGCAUCCGUCGUGACCGCUAGCAAAGACAAUUCGUUAUUUUCAACAUCGCUACUUCCUAAACCUACCGUAUCAACGUUACCUCAGUCCACCGUAGUCACUGCUGCUUCUUCAAUCACUCCACCGCGGAAAGAAAACAAUACGAAAUUGCCGGAGCUGACUGAAUUAUUAAAGAAAAACGGUUUAUUCGCAAUGGCGAAGUUCUUGAAACAAUCCGGUUUGGAUACGAUUCUGAACGAAACCGGACCUUAUACGGUAUUCGUACCUACAGAUAAAGCUUUUAGGACUCUGCUGGUCCAAUUGGGUGGUCCUGAAAGAGCUGAAGAAAAGUUUAAAGAAAAUCCGAGGCUAUUGAGUGGGCUGCUUCUACAUCACGUGAUACCAGGUGCCUUCGCCAUUUCGUCGUUGCAGGACGAAAUGACUGGAGUAUCAUUGGCUGGAACACAGUUACGGGUUAAUCAGUACAAUAUGCACGAUGCAGAAUGGAACGACAUCAAGAUAACCACAAUUAACGGCGCAAGAGUACUAGAAGAGAAGCAAGACAUCGACAUACCACAAGGAAUCGCGCACGCUAUUGACAGGGUGAUGUUUCCACUUCCCGUGGGAGAUCUAGUGCAGACUUUGCAAGCAGACAGAGAGCGACGCUUCACCUCUUUUUUGAGAGCUAUAUUCGCAUCGGGAAUGGCUGACAUGUUACAGAGUAGCAAAACGUUUACUCUUUUCGCGCCAACUGAAAAAGCCUUUGCGGCUCUCAGCAGUAACGAUCUGAGAAACACUGUGGAAGAACCCACCCUAGCAAGGGAAUUGGUGCGACGCCACUUAAUACCAAACACUUUAUACACGAAUGGUAUGAGGUACUACCAGGUGAAAGACAGCAUGCAGGCUGAUGCACAAAUUACUAUCAGUAAACAUUCAGGGAAAAUAAAAAUAAACAAUUUACACAUAGCGACGCAGAACAUCCCAGCAACCAACGGGGUUAUACACGCUAUAGAUGCCCUGCUAUAAAGCGAAGAAAAUUCUUGUUAUGCAAUCGUGUCAUAUCUGUCAGUUUUGGUUUAAUUGUCGUUUUUAAAACAGUGGUUAUUGACGAAUUACCCGAUCAUUUUCAAAAUUCAACUAUAAUUGCAAAAUUUUUGUUAGUUUGCGCAUGUACUUUCCUGUAAAUAUCUUCUUUUUUCGAUUCUUUCCAUUUUUCAUAUUUAAGCGAGUCUGCUUGCAAAUUACAACGAUAUGUAGACACUGAGAGGUAUGUUAAAGGCUGACUACAAUGCAUACAAUUCAACUGUAAAUUUACUAUAGGCAGUUAGGUAUUUAAUUUAGUUUGUAAGUAUUGUAAAUUAAUAGUUGUUUAAAUAAAU